AGUGAAAAUUUGACGUGAUUGCACUGUCGGCGCGCGCCCGCCCCAAGUCUCGGCGUUUCCACGUUUAGCGCCCAAGGGUCGAACCAUUACAGACGAAAAUUUUGAGCGUGUCGACUGGCCGCUUUGCUUCGCGUCGUCUCUGUUCAGCAUCGCCAAAUUAUCCGUAGCUCAUGAAUAAAGUACAGUACGGUAAUGCAAACAUGUCAUGUCUGUGGAAGUUGUGAGUUUGCGUCAUAAAUUAUGCUAAUAUAUGAGUACAUUCGCUGUGCGAUGCACUGGUGGAGCGAGCCGGAUUCCAUUUACGUCAACAUCGUCAGGAUGAAAAGUUAAUGGCAUAUCUUGAUUAAAUCUCAUAAAUAAAGAGCAACACUGAAGUUACAUGUUCUGAGGAUGUAAAAAAUGACGAAAUACUAUUAAUUAUGUUGGACAUGUAUGAGUCGGAAUCGAUAGACUUUGAUUCUAGUACGCUGUCAGACUUCCUUAUACGCAACGUCACAUCCAGUGAAUACUAUAUAAAUGCUACAGCCUCGUCCAACUUAACGAAACUAGAUUACGACGCUAUAUGCAAUCCGAGUACAUCCUCAGAGAGCUUCUUUACUUCUGCGACAUUCCAAACAUGCGUUUAUUUCAUGUACUGCAUCGUUUUUGUUGUGGCACUCGUUGGAAACGGACUAGUCUGCUUCGUUGUACAAACAUCGCCUCGGAUGAAAACGGUCACAAAUUAUUUCAUAGUAAACCUGGCAGUGGGCGAUAUCCUGAUGACGUUGUUCUGUGUGCCGUUUUCUUUCGUAUCAAUGCUUGUGCUGCGGUAUUGGCCCUUUGGUGGUAUUAUGUGCAAAGUUGUCAACUUCUCACAAGCGGUUUCAGUGCUCGUGAGCGCAUACACUUUACUAGCUAUAUCGAUUGACCGAUACAUGGCAAUAAUGCGCCCAUUGAAACCUAGGAUGGGUAAAACCGCAGCAAAAAUGGUUGUCGCUGGCGUGUGGGGAGGUGCUAUUGCGACCGCCACCCCUAUAUACGUAGUAUCGAAAUUGGAGAGACCUGCAGAGUGGCAUAAAUACUGUCAACUAGAUAUUUGCCACGAAGAAUGGGACCACGUGGAACAAAGUGAGCGUUACACCUGUGCGCUGUUGGUGCUUCAGUUUGUAUUGCCACUUAGCGCUCUUGUGUGUACAUAUGCUCGCAUUGCCCACGUAGUCUGGGGCGGACGACCACCCGGUGAAGCCGAAAGUACAAGAGAUUCCAGAAUGCAACGAUCAAAAAGAAAGAUGAUCAAAAUGAUGGUGAUUGUUGUAGCAGUAUUCACGGUUUGCUGGCUCCCACUGAACAUUUUUAUUGUAUUAUGGACGCUACAUGAAGGAGAUGAAGAGUGGGCUGCGUGGCCAGGUAUGCCCUAUGUUUGGUUCGCGAGCCACUGGCUGGCGAUGUCACAUUCCUGCUACAACCCCAUCAUAUAUUGCUACAUGAACACGAGGUAUCGACGCGGCUUCAAACAGGCCUUAGGAUGGUUCUUCCGCGUUCGGUUUGAAACAACAUCUCCACGCUGUCAUCAUUCCAGCAUCUGUGAAGGAAUGCAAAUGUCAGAGAUGGUGGGUGUGAACGGCAUUGUGAGACGCGGCACGUCAAGCAGCUGUGUGAGUCGUCUGCAGCGGGCUCCGACGUGUUCCUCCUGUGCGUCUGUUAGACGUGGCGUCGCCGGCGGCUUCACGACUCCCGUGCCCCCUAUACGGGCCCUCUCCGUGCGCACACACUUCAACUGAACUCUCUUAUUUUUUGUCCUACCUAUGCUGAUAGCCUUGAGAGGCUAUUUCAGCUUCUUCUUGACGUGUAGCUCACGGGGCUCAAGCCGGGAGUGUUGCUUACACUGGCCCUAGCAAGAGCAGUGCCCCGCAGAAUCUAACACCGGACCGGAAACGCGACCCACUGAGAAGAUCCUCAGAGAAGAAACUCAGUGAACUGUGUUUAUGGGUUAAUUUACUAGUCGAGCCCUUAAUCGCAAGCGACGGGUUCGGCGAGGACGGUGACCGGUGCUUGAGGUCUGAAUUCUCACGCAACAAUCAAACGAACAAUCUCUCAAAUUAUGUGAUAUAUCUAUAUUUUUUUGUGUAGCUGUUUCAUAAAUUAAGACCAGAAAUUUUGAAUGUACCUACUGUAAGAACAUUGCAACGGUUUUAGUGCUGUUAUUUUGUGUCGUAAGCAAAUCGAAAAUAAAUGUACUUGUAAUUUAAUAAAUAGUUUUAACAUUUCA